AUGUCCACCACACAAGUCGUCCAAGGGUUCAGUCUCACCAACCGAUGGCUCCUCUAUGCGAGCAUGAUGCUUUCUCCUGCUCAAUUUGCGGGCGGAGUUGGGAGCAAUAUCCCCACCAACGUGGGAUUCCUCGCCUACAACUGGUACACGCAAAUUCAAUGGUACCAAGCUGUUCAGGCAAAGGAACUCCACGCACUUUCACUCUUGCCGAUCCACUUUAACUUUGUCUAUGCGAUCAGUUACUUUGGGGGAGUUUCAUCGGGAAAUAUCUUUCUGAGUGCAUUCCUCUCGUUUGGCACUAUUGGGGUGCUCAUCCUCAAUACUAUCUCUGCGUGGGUUAGCUGGGCGACCAAUCAGCCGGAGGGAUUUGGCGAAUAUCAAUUCUUCUUUUUCGGGUGGAGGACUCUGAGCAAAGGAUGGCAUAUUUUCACUCUACUAUGGCAGAUUGGAGACUCGUUUCUAGUCCUGAACGCUGCCCUCGCUGCUGGCUAUCUUAGUACUGUUGGGAGUAUCGACUCCGAGGAAGUUAAAAGGAUGCCGUGGUAUCUCCACAAAUAUCCCGCUAUCCCCCUGGGGGCAAUUGCAAUGCUUAUAAUCGGAUGGCCGUUGAUUCUCUGGACAGAACUUAUUGUCCAGCGCAAUCACAUCGAUUCGGAGACUGACAUGGUCGCUGUUUGGCUAUUUGUGGCCCAAAUUGGGCUGUUUUUGAUACCCAGUUGGUCUGAUAUUCGUCGGCUGACACGGCGCUCGGAGUGA